AUGCCAGCUCAUCACCUCUUUGGCUCCUUGCCAAUGCUGGAACUGCUGUGCCUCUGGAUCGACUGGGACACCUGGUGUGACCUCCAGAAUCAGAACUUUGUCAAGGACAUGUUCUUGUUGGCGUUCAUGCGGCCCCCUGGUGGACGGAGGACUCACAUCUCUGGCUGCUUACAGAGACGAUUCAAUAUGACCUUCCCUUCACUCAUCACGGUUGAUCCUGACAUCAAGAAGCUGUACCGGUUGGCUGGUGUGGACAACAAGCCGACAGUCUUCCUGUUCAAUGACACCAGGAUCGCAGACGGAUCCUUCCCAGAGGACAUCAGUAAUAUCCUGAGCUCUGACUCCAGCUGGAACAACAUCACAGAGCUGGAUAAGCUGCCCAACUUCCAUGGCAUCGUGGCCUCCUUUGAAGAGCCCCCCCCCAAGACUGGAAGCUUUGGUUCACCAGCGAGCCAGAGAAUGCCACUCUACCAGGUGAUAGGUGAGAAUAAAUGUAAUGAGCUCCAGAAGAUGCUGAUAGUUUGCUCCCUGCAUCAGGGCCGUGUCUCCUUGUGCGUCACCUCCUUCGUUGUUAACAACCUCGUCUCUCGCCUUGUGGAGACGCCUGUUCUCGACAUGAAGGCUGUUAUAUCAGCCUACCUUAAGCCCUCUUUUUUCUCUGCCCCCAAUCUCUCAUGGAUGUCUGAGCUGGACAAGCUGGUGGAGCAGCAUCAUGUGCAGAAGCCCCACUCAAACUUCCGACUCUGGCUCAGCUCUCUGCCACACCCUGAAUUUCCCAUUACCAUCCUGCAGGCUGGUAUCAAGAUGACUACUGAACCACAAAAGGGUGUGAAAGCCAACAUGAAGCGUCUCCAGCUGGUGACGGAGGAUCGAUUAAUCCGCUGCUUAAGACCUCUAAUCUACAGGAAGAUGCUCUUCUCUCUCUGCUCUGCUUUUUUUCACAGCAUCCGACUGGAAAGGAAAACUUUUUUUCAGCUGUGCUGGAACAUUGUCUAUGGAUUCACCGACUGUGACUUUGAGCUAAGUGAGCGUCUGCUCAGUCAGUGCCUGGAUGAGUAUGAGGGGAUGUCAUGGGAUGCACUGAAGUACCUCAUUGCUGGGGUCAGCUAUGGAGGUCAUGUAACAGAUGACUGGGAGAGACGCUUUCUAACAAUAUACUAUAUAAUAUAA